AUGUAUCUAUAUUUUAGUGGAAAUAAUUCCCAGCAACUGCCGAAACAAGGACGUAGAUCCAACCCCAAUACACCCGAAGAAGCGAAUAAUGGCAACUUUUUCGCUGAUUCCAAUCCUUUUGAUACCGAUCCACAAGAAGAUAAACCCCUGAUUAAGCCCAGGAAAAGCAGCGUUUGGGGCGAAGAAGGAAGCAAAUCUGCCAAGGAAAGGUUCCAGUCCGCCAACAAGUCCCCUAAAAGCGAUGGGGAUGAUAUUCCAGUUAUUCCAGACAUUGACGACUUGCAGGAUGAUCCCUUGAACCUGCCCGAUGUGAAACCAACAGUUACUGUAGAUAAGUCCACUUAUAAGGAGCUGGAUAACCAGUUGGGGUCCGGACAAGGGGACAAGAUAGUUUUCGGAAAUUUGGGAAACAUCGAUUUGUCGUUUCUUUCCAGCAAACUGUAUCCGGAAAAGGAUGUGCAACCCAGCCAGGAAAUUUGGACUAUGGAGAGUUUAUUUAAUGACCUGUCGAGGAAUAACUGA